AUGACAACAGUCAGAGCUUUAAUAGCUACAACAGUCAAGAAAAGUUGGCUCAUCUCACAGCUGGAUGUAAACAAUGCCUUCUUGCAUGGAGAUCUCAAUGAGGAGGUAUAUAUGCAGGUGCCACCUGGGCUAGUGUUAGAGAAGCCAGGCCUGGUAUGCAAACUGAAUAAAUCUCUUUAUGGGUUAAAGCACGCAAGCAGACAAUGGUAUGCAAAGUUGACUGAGGCACUUUAUUCAAGAGGAUACACACACUCCAUGUAUGACUACUCACUUUUUUACAAGAGAAAUGGAAGUGACUCAGUGUAUAUUGCUGUGUAUGUGGAUGAUGUGCUGUUCCUACAUGAGCAAUUCAAGAUCAAGGAUCUGGGACAGCUUCACUAUUUCCUGGGACUAGAGGUUAUGUAUAAGGAAGAUGUGAUCAUUAUAUCACAAAGGAAGUUUGCAUUGAACCUGCUAAAGGAGUAUGAUUGCCUGGAACACAAGACCUGCUCUUCACCAUUGGAUCCAAAUGUGAAACUAAAGGCCAAGGAAGGAGCAGUAUUGCAGGAUUCUACUUAUUAUAGGAAGUUAGUAGGGAAGCUGAAUUUCUUGACCAAUACUAGGUUGGACAUAGCAUAUGGUGUUCAACAUUUAAGUCAGUUUAUGCAGAAACCCAGGGAGCCCCAUUUGAAAGCAGCAUUUCAUUUGCUAAGGUACCUGAAGAAUGAUCCUACCCUGGGAAUCUUUAUGUCAAAGGAUGGAGAUCACACAGUCAGAGCUUAUUGUGACUCUGACUGGGCUGCUUGUCUAGAUUCUAGGAGGUCCAUCAGUGGUUAUUUGGCGUUGCUAGGCAACAGCCCCAUCAGAUGGAAGUCCAAGAAACAAGAGACCAUCUCACUGUCUUCUGCAGAACCAGAAUAUCGAGCCUUGAGAAAAGUUGUAGGUGAAUUAGUGUGGCUACGCAUGUUAUUUGAAGAACUGACUGUCCCCUUUUCUCUACCUAUUUCAGUUUACUGUGAUAGUCAGUCUGCAUUACACAUUGCCAGGAAUCCAGUAUUUCACAAAAGAACCAAGCAUAUAGAGGUCGAAUGCCACUUUGUACGUGAUCAACUCCAAGCAGGCCUGAUCUCUCUUCAGCAUAUCAGAACCGAUGACCAACUUGCAGAUGUUUUGACUAAGCCCUUUACAGGGAUCAAGCAUAGUGCUGCAUUGGGCAAGUUGUCAGUGUUUGCUACACCUCCAACUUGA